UGUUUGCUUCCAGCAGGUGCCCUGACUGGGGUUGGGGAUCGAGCCUGCAACCAAGAUCUUCGACCCCCCUGAGGAGUUGGAGCGGAAGGUGUGGGAGCUGGCAAAGCUGGUUUGGCAGUCCUCCCAUGUGGUGUUCCACACGGGCGCGGGCAUCAGCACCGCCUCGGGCAUCCCUGACUUCAGAGGCCCCCAUGGCGUCUGGACGAUGGAGGAGCGGGGCCUGGCUCCCAAGUUCGACACCACCUUCGAGAGCGCACGGCCCACACAGACGCACAUGGCGCUGGUGCAGCUGGAGCGCGUGGGCCUUCUCCGCUUCCUGGUCAGCCAGAACGUGGAUGGGCUGCACGUGCGCUCUGGCUUUCCUAGGGACAAGCUGGCAGAGCUUCAUGGGAACAUGUUUGUAGAAGAAUGUGUCAAGUGUAAGAGGCAAUAUGUCCGGGACACUGUGGUGGGCACCAUGGGCCUCAAAGCCACUGGCCGGCUCUGCACCAUGGCCAAGGCAAGGGGCCUGCGGGCCUGCAGGGGGAAGCUGAGAGACACCAUCCUGGACUGGGAGGAUGCUCUGCCCGAACGGGACCUCACUCUUGCUGAUGAAGCCAGCAGGAUCGCGGACCUGUCUGUCACACUAGGCACCUCCCUCCAAAUCGGGCCCAGCGGGAACCUGCCGCUGGCCACCAAGCGCCGCGGAGGCAGGCUGGUCAUCGUCAACCUCCAGCCCACCAAGCACGACCGCCAGGCUGACCUCCGCAUCCACGGCUACGUAGACGAGGUCAUGACCCGGCUCAUGAAACACCUGGGCCUGGAGAUCCCCGCCUGGGACGGGCCCCGCGUGGUGGAGAGGGCGCUGACGCCCCUGCCCCGCCCGCCCGCCCCCAAGCUGGAGCCCAAGGAGGAGGCCCCCACCCAGUUCGACGGUCCAGCACCGGCCAGCCCCAAGCGAGAGUCCACAACCGAACCCCCUGCUCAGCACAAUGGUUCCGGGCCCGUCAGCCCCAAGAGGGAGCAGCUGGACAGUCCUGUCCCCCGCAGGACCCCUAAAAGGGUGAAGACCGAGCUGCUUCCCAGCUGACAGGGGACCCGGGCGGGCGGGCUUUUUGUAGAAACCGUGCGUUUGUCUUUUUCUUACCGUCUCACUUUGUGACCUGCCUCUGUCCUGGGGCAGAUCUCAGGGCAGUGAGAGCUGUGCUAUACCUGCCUUCCAUUGGGGCUUCCUUCAGCCGUGGGCAAACUACGGCCCGAGGGCCGGAUAGAAAUGAAUAAAACUA